AUGCUUCGCCAGUGUUGCAUUCGAGUCCUUACUAGCAGCUAUGCCUGUCCAUGGUCUGCAUGCAUAUUAGCUUUCCAUGUCACUGGGAGCAUGGUGAGCGCCUCCGCCAACACGGGAAGUAAUUGCAGGCUGGGUGUCACAAUAUGGCCAUGCGAGCCCUGGCCACCGUGA